CGCACUGAGCAUGUGCAGAAUAGGUCGGCGGCGGCUGCCUCGGCCCGAGUCAGGGCCCUGGUGCUGAUGCGAACUGCCGGCUGGUUCUCAGUCCCUGCGUGCUUGGCUCCCCGGACUGGGGCAGCGGCACAGGAACCGUAGCCUUCUCGCAGCCUCUGGAGCCGGCGCGGCGGCACGCACCCGCGGCGUCCGCGGCGCCCUCCGGGCCCAAGAUGAUGGCGGAGCAGGUGAAAUGCGCCUCGGCAGGGGGCGGCUCCGGAGCAGGCUCCGGGCCGGUGGUGAACGCGGAGCUGGAGGUGAAGAAGCUGCAGGAGCUGGUGCGCAAGCUAGAGAAGCAGAACGAGCAGCUGCGCAGCCGGGCGGCCAGUGCGGCCGCCGCCCCGCACCUGCUGCUGCUCCCGCCGCCGCCGCCGUCCGCGCCGCCCCCCGCCGGGGCCUGUAGCCCGUUGGGUCCGCGGAGUCCCCCGGCCGCUACGACCGCCGCUACUGCUUCGGGGGCCCUGGGGCUCGGGUUGGCGCUAGGCGCGGGGGGCGGCAGCAGUGGCGGCGGCUCCAGUCCUGCGUUCCCGGGAACCUACUGCCUGCCCAGCCCUGCACCCUCCCUGCUUUGCAGCCUGGCACAGCCCUCCGAGGCGCCCUUCGUCUACUUCAAGCCGGCUGCCGGCUUCUUCGGCCCGGGCGGCGGCUCAGAGCCAGGGGGCGCGGGUACGCCUCCGGGGGAAGCCACCGUGCCGCCCUCGCCACCCCCCACGUUGCUGGACGAGGUGGAGCCGCUAGACCUGGAGAGCAUAGCAGCCUGGCGGGACGAGGACGACUACACCUGGUUAUACGUUGGCUCUUCAAAGACAUUCACCUCAUCAGAGAAAUCCCUGAAUCCUUUGCAGUGGUGUAGACACGUCCUAGAUAACCCGACUCCCGAGAUGGAAGCAGCCAGACGUUCCCUGUGCUUUAGACUGGAGCAAGCUAGCCGAUGGCGGAGUCUCUUCUCUUCAACGGCCUCACUGGCUUUUCCUUAUAGUCCUGUUGCAAGACUCAGCCCUUAUAGCAAUGGCAUUAAUACUCCCAGCUUCUCUAAAACCUCAAAUAAAGCAAUACUAACACCUGAAAGAACAGGUUAUAACUCCAGGGGCUCCCCUCUUAGUCCCCAGUCAUCUAUUGAUAGUGAGCUGAGUACUUCAGAACUGGAAGAUGAUUCUAUCUCCAUGGGAUAUAAAUUACAGGACCUUACUGAUGUUCAGAUCAUGGCUCGUCUGCAAGAAGAAAGUCUCAGGCAGGAUUAUGCUUCCACUUCAGCAUCUGUGUCGAGACAUAGUUCCAGUGUGUCACUAAGUUCCGGAAAAAAAGGGACGUGUAGUGAUCAAGAGUAUGAUCGAUACAGUGUGGAGGACGAAGAAGAAUUUGAUCAUUUGCCACCACCUCAGCCCCGUCUUCCAAGAUGUUCACCUUUCCAAAGAGGCAUUCCCCACUCACAGACUUUCUCCAGCAUUCGGGAUUGUAGGAAGAGCCCCAGUUCCCAGUAUUUUCCUUCAAAUAAUUACCAGCAGCAACCGUAUUAUUCACCUCAAGCCCAAACUCCAGAUCAGCAACCAAAUAGGACCAAUGGAGAUAAGCUCCGAAGAAGUAUGCCUAAUCUAGCCCGGAUGCCAAGUACUACUGCUGUUAGUAGCAAUGUUAGUUCUCCAGUCACCGUGCGGAACAGUCAGAGUUUUGACUCAAGCUUGCAUGGAGCUGGAAAUGGAAUUUCAAGAAUACAAUCUUGUAUUCCAUCACCAGGACAGAUUCAACAUAGAGUCCACAGUGUGGGACAUUUCCCAGUGUCUGUCCGGCAGCCUCUUAAAGCCACAGCCUAUGUGAGUCCAACUGUUCAAGGCAGCAGUAACAUGCCUUUAUCCAACGGCUUACAGUUGUAUUCCAGCACAGGAAUCCCUACCCCAAACAAAGCUGCGGCUUCUGGGAUCAUGGGCCGCAGUGCACUUCCAAGACCUUCAUUGGCAAUAAACGGGAGUAACCUGCCUCGGAGCAAAAUUGCACAGCCUGUUAGAAGUUUCCUGCAGCCUCCAAAGCCUCUGUCUUCACUCAGCACACUGAGAGAUGGAAAUUGGCGAGAUGGUUGCUACUGAUGCAGUUUUAUGUACCCUUGAAGAAUGGGAAAGAAGUGAAAAAUGAGGGUUGUGUUACCUAGCUGGCUGGGUAACAGUGGAUGUUGGGAUAUUCUUUCCCUUUUGCAUUUUAACAUAUGUCCUGCAUUGUUUUUCAAUGGACCAAUCAACAGAGACUAAUUAUUGCACUUAAAUAUUUGCCUGAGAUACUGCAACGUUUUCAAACCUGUGGUUGCAGUAUUGUGACACUUAGAUCUAGGAAGAUUUUGUAGAACUGCUCUGUACCUGAAUACUUUUUGAGAGAAUCAAGAUGUAUCAAUAAUGCUUUGCCAUAUGAGUUUUUUAAAGUAACUUGUUCAAUUUACUUAAGUGUUCUAAACAUCUUUCCAUUACAUGUUCUGUAUUUUAAUACAUUGCAUAUUUCCAACUAGGUUCUAUAACAUAUGCUUUGAAUUUACUUUUUUAUAGUUUACAGGAAUUUUAUUUUUUGUGCCUAUUUCUUUUUACACCUAUGUGAACCACUAUGGAACAACUUAAAUUUUGUGCCAUAAAAAUAUUUUUGUGGUAAGGUACUAUUUUUUUAGCUCUAGGAAUAUAUCAGCAAAAAUACAUCAUACAAUUUGGGACACAAUUUUAUGUUGAACGAGCACAACAUGAUCUGAAGUGUUGCAAAGAGAUAGCCAGACAGCAGAGUUAAACCGUCUUGUCUUUUUCAUUGUUAAUUUAUUGUCAUACAUGGAUUUCAUAUUUAAAAUGGCAUCAUAAGCUCAUUGCACUUAAUACCUGCAAUGUUUGCUACUAUACCACAAUUGAUUUUCAAUACUUUAUUACAAAAGAUGAAACUGUAAUGUUUUAUUAACAAUGCUUCUGGAAAUGAAUGCAUUUUAAAGCAAAUAAACCCUUUUGAUAGACCUUUUACAAAACCCAUUUGCACUAAUGAAUGCUUUCUUAUGGUAUAUGACUUAAUAUUUGUUACUGUGUACACUGCUGUUUUGGAAUGUUCAGAAAUAAAGACUCUAUUUCAGCAAUAUCAGGUCAUGCAUGAAUGUGCAUCAUGAACAUGAAGAAUACUAUGCUUAUUAUGUUUCAUUGCAAUUGUGAAAAUUAUUAUGAUGACCAUAUUGGUUAUCUUGGACCAGAACAUUUAUAUUUUGAGUAAGUAGACUUAGAGUAAUCACAUUUGUAAAAAUUAUUUUUCUUUAAAAUACUUCUGAUAAGAAAUUUAAGGUUUUAAUUUUAUAAGGUUUGGUUAUGAUUUAGAAAGGCCCAAAAAUGUGUUUAUGAAUGAACACUAUCAGUGGAGAUUUUAAUAUUUAUGGGAGUUGAAUUUGGAAGUAUCAGUAAAAUUGCAAAGUGAUAGCAUUAUUCUACAUUAUAUGUGUUGGGAAACAUCACCUGAAAGGCAUCAUGGAAAGUUUAGGCAAAGGUGUUUUUGUUUUUUCCCAAAGGCAUAGACAGAGGUUAAUUUAGGAAAGUAGAUACAUAUUCAAGGGAGAGUGGGAGUAAUCUAGGGGUAUGUCUUUGAGGUAAAGCAAAGAAUGUGCAUUCAAGGGAGAAUGUGGGCUAUCUCUAGGAGGGAGCAAGGCAAAGGUUUUUGUUAGGUUUUAAGAUGAAAUUCUAUGCACAGUCAUUAGAGGUUAUUAAUUUUUUAAAAUAUGCCUUUGUAUAUAAUUCUACAUAGAACUAAUAUAUAAUUCUAUGUAGGAGCAUUAACAAAAUGUGAGCAAGAGGAGGUAAUAAUUUCUGAACAUUUCUCUAGUGAUGAGAACUAUGCUAGGUAUUUUGUGUAUAUUUGUCUAAUUCGGUUCUAUCACCUGUUAUCACCCUUUUAAAGACAAAGGCAAUGAAUCCACAAAAGGGCUAUUAGCCUUUGGAAGACAUUUAGGUGGCAAAUAGUGAAACUGAUUUUGGAAUCUAGGUUUUUCUGACCCGAAAGGGUUUUUGUGUACUACUAAACUCUCUUCCUAUAAUCACACGUAGUUAUUACUGUUAUUAUUAUUUUUUUUUGUAAUACUGGUGAUUGAACCCAAGACCUCACACAUGCUAGACAAGGGCUGUACCACUGAGCUGCAUCCCCAGCCCCAAGUUAUAUUUUUAAAAAUAAGUUUAUAUUUGAGAAAAUGAAAAGAUCCAAUUCAUUUUCAGUUCAAAUAUUUUAUAUUUUUAAAAAAGCCUACUUACCUCUUGGGAUAAAAAGCAGAU